AUGGGUUCCCUCCUGCUCACCCGUCCUAACGCUACGAGAAAAAACGGCCCCGUCGUGAUCACCUCCCACAUCAACAAGCUUCCACCCGAAUUACUCUCGCGAAUCUUCCACGACAUCCAGGAAGAGAAGGAAGAGAACUUUACCGAAAUCACUCAAUUGACAACACAGUGGCUGGCAAUCUUACGGGUCUGCUCUUACUGGCGCGAUGUUGCGCACGCAACUCCUCUCCUGUGGCGUACCAUCGAAAUCGACCGUUCGAUGGAGUGGCUGAAACGCUGCCUCACCCGAUCUGCCACCGCACCUUUGCGUCUGCGUUUCCACCAUCCUAGUAGAAUGGCCACAGCGUCUCGUCUACUGGUGGAACAUGCAGGACGGAUCCAGGGUAUCCGCGUGUCCGGCCGGGAGACCGUCAAGGAGCUCAAGAGUCUCCGGCUCUUACUCGUGGUAACCUUGCCUGUUCUAGAGGAGCUACAAGUGUAUGUUGAAGACGCAUAUCGAUUGGAAGACAGGUUCGUCCUUCCCCAGCACCUCGACGUCGACGUCGGUCACCUGCCUGCCAUUCGCACUUUGAAACUGGAGGGCGUGCGUUUUCCCUGGACGUACCCGCUUCCCCGCUAUCUCCACACCCUGGAACUCAGGUGGACAUCUAUGUCCUUGGGCUUGUACCGGAACGACAGAAGGAAGGACCAGACCACGCUCAGCGACAUCUUAGAUGCUCUGGAAGCAUGUCAGUCUCUGGAGCAUAUCGCUCUCUACUGCGCUUUGCCGAGAAAGCUCCACGGAGAGAACCAGCGUGUGCGCCGGGACCGCUUUAUUACGUGGCCUAAUCUCCGUAGUGCCCUCAUCGGCGGCGAAGGGAGGAUGGGAGAAGAUGAAUUCGAUACCGAUGCGAUACGCCCCGUCUUGGAACAUAUUCGAUUCCCCGAGAGGUGUGACUUCCGCCUGGAGAUCGAAAGCGACGUACCCAGCCCUUACACCGACUGCCUUCCCGACGACCCAUUGUGUAUCCCUCAUCUAGAGAAAGCCGUUGAAGCAGCAUGGAAUGGCCCAAGGCUCUUCAGCUGCCGAACGGCUUCGGCUGCGCCGGUGGAUCACUGUUUUGACUGCCGGGAGCGGCAGCUAGUGCAGGGACAGCUGAGAGUCGACAUGGACGUGAUUGCAUAUUGGCGUCAUGACGAGCAACAAACGGGGUGGGAGGACCGCGCGCUUGCGGACUUCUGCCGUAUUCUGGGUCUGGCCUGCUUGAGGAAGCUUGCGGUGGCGCAAGGACCGAGUGCGCAGGGGUUUGUGACGGCGUUCUGGGCCUUCCCCUCCGUUACGGAGCUGUCGCUUGAACACGACUUUUCGAGGAACGCAGAAGCAGAAUCCGUCCACAAUUUCUUGUUCGCCCUAGCCGGAGGUGUAAUGCCGUCCGAUGCGUGGAAUUCUCCUAUGUCACAGGGAUCAGGGCCAAAGGAGGGACAAGAGACCAACGUGCCUUUGAGGAACCUGCAGAGCCUGCGAUUACUCAAGAUUGCAUGGUACGAUGACCUGGCGGAUGACAUAGAACGGUGCUUGUGGUCUCGCGUUGCAGGCGGCGCGGAGAACUUGAAAGAGCUGCACAUCCAUGUUCAUCGCGCACGGAAGUGGGUCAAGGAGGAGAGGAGAUGGGAAGUUGGGCCGGCUCUGUCAGCUGAGAAGGAGUUACGAUUAAGAAAUUUAGAGCGCUGGGUGGGUGGUCCUGUCAUGAUCUCCUGA